GAAUCUAGUUUCAUGGGCAUGCGCAGUAGGUGUAAACAGGAAGAAGCUGAAAGAAAACUACGGCAAAUAGAACGGGAAGACAAAUUAACAUCUACCGAAAAACUGAAUAUUGUUCUUAUUUUGUGUAUGAGUGCGUCAACGGAAAUUAUGUAGCAUAUUGCUUGAUAUUUAUUAGAAUCGAGACGCUGAGCAUUUUUUGGGAAUUCUGUCGAUAACAUUUGCUAGCUGUAGCUGUUACUAGCUUCGGCAGCCAGGGUUAUCAAACGAGCUACAAUUCACCUCCUUCUUGCAGCUCGACCAGAUGGUCCACUAACCCCCUAACUUGGGUAUCGGGUCAGGAUUUUCUUGUAAGAAUCGUUUUGGUCUCCAUCACCAGCUGUAUCCAAUAGUAUUGCUAGCAGCUCUAGGAUUUCAUUAGAAAAUGGUUCAGAAAGACAAGAAGUUGGAGCCGAGUCAGGUCGAGGGCGAGCCAAAUCCAAGUCCCGUCCCUAACGAUGCUUGUGCCGAAGCUCCCGGACCUGUCGAAGAGCCGAGCAAUGCUCGAGUUGAGCUGACUGGUCAAAGAAAAUUCAUCAGUGGAGUGGUGGAAGGUUUCUAUGGUCGUCCAUGGACAAUGGAACAAAGAAAAGAGCUGUUUAGAAGGCAACAGAAAUGGGGUCUGAACACCUACCUCUAUGCCCCUAAAGACGACUACAAACACAGAAUGUUCUGGAGGGAGAUGUACUCCGUAGAAGAAGCAGAACAACUCAUGACCCUGAUCAGUGCCGCUAAGGAGUAUGGGAUAGAGUUCAUAUACGCCAUCUCGCCCGGUUUAGACAUCACCUUCUCCAACCUGAAGGAGGUUUCCACGCUGAAGAGAAAGCUGGAUCAGGUCUCUCAUUUUGGCUGCAAGUCCUUCGCCUUACUGUUUGACGACAUCGACCAUAACAUGUGCCCAGCCGACAAGGAAGUGUUCAGCUCCUUUGCACAUGCUCAGGUGUCGCUCACCAACGAGAUCUUCCAGUACCUUUCUGAGCCAGAGACCUUUCUCUUCUGCCCCACAGAGUACUGUGGAACCUUCUGCUACCCUAACGUCUCUCAGUCGCCCUACCUCCACACCGUGGGAGAGAAGCUCCUCCCAGGGAUAGAGGUGCUCUGGACAGGACCCAAGGUGGUGUCGAAGGACAUCACGGUGGAGUCCAUCGAGGAGGUGUCGAAGAUCCUGAGGCGGGCGCCCGUGAUCUGGGACAACAUCCACGCCAACGACUACGACCAGAAGAGGCUGUUCCUGGGGCCCUACAAGGGCCGCUCCACGGAGCUCAUCCCCAGGCUCAAGGGAGUCCUCACCAACCCCAACUGCGAGUUUGAGUCCAACUUUGUGGCCAUCCACACACUGGCCACCUGGUACAAGUCCAACAUGAACGGCGUGCGGAAGGACGUGGUCAUGACUGACGGAGAGGACAGCACCGUGUCCAUCCAGAUCAAGCUGGAGAACGAGGGCAGUGACGAGGAGCUGGAGACCGACAUGCUGUACAGCCCACAGCUGGCCCUCAAGCUUGCCCUCAACGAGUGGCUGGGAGAGUUCGGCGUGCCUCACCAGUUCAACAGUCGCCAGGUGCCUCACAGCGGAGCCAAGAGCUCAGCCAUCGACGUGACCUCCAUGGGCGCCCCCUCCCUCUGCUCCGCCACCACGGUGACCACCGUGUUCCAGCAGCCCAUAAUGUCCCCUGUGGCCCCCUUGCUCUGCCCCGACCCACACUCCCACCCUUUGACCAAGCCCCGGGCGGAGGAGGUGGAGGAGGUGGAGGUCGAGAAGAAGGACUCAGAUGAGGAGCCCAUGGAGAUGGCCGUGGAGAAACAGGAAGAGGCCGGGGCAGAGGCCGACUCCGAGGCCAAGACCUCCAGCCCCCUGCUGUCUGAGAAGAUGUCUGAGGACCUGAGGCCCAUGGACACAGACAAGGAGAGCCUGGCCGAGGCCAAGUCCCUGGAGGAGUGCCUACAGGAAGACUCGGGCAGCGACGUGGCUCCCAUGCAGACCGAUGAGCAGCUCAAACAGGAGGUGUUUGUGCCUGGGCCGGGAGAGAAGGUUCUCUUCAUGGUGGAGCCCCUGUCCCUGGAGGACCUCAGCCUGCUGGCUGAGAUGUUCUACCUGCCCUACGAGCACGGGCCCAAGGCCAUGCUCAUGCUCAAGGAGUUCAACUGGCUCCGGGCCAACAGCAACAGCGUCAGCGUCAACUGCAAGGGCGAGGAGCCGGACAAGGUGGCAGAGUGGCGCACCAGGGCCGAGACGUUUGAGGAGAUGUGCUGCUCCGUGAACCAGAUGUUCACCCGUCUGUCCAACUCUGUCAACCGCACCAUCCUGUACGACCUGUACCCAUACAUCUGGGACAUCAAGAGCAUCGUCUCCAUGGUCAAGUCUUUCGUCCAGUGGCUAGGGUGUCGUAGUCAGACCUCAGCACAGUUCCUUAGUGGAGACCAAGAGGCCUGGGCCUUUAGGGGCGGUCUAGCAGGAGAGUUCCAGAGAUUGUUGCCUAUAGAAGGGGCAAACGAUCUUUUCUACCAGCCUCCACCUUCAAUGCCGACCUCCAAAAUGUAUUCCAUAAGGCCUUACUAUCCCAAGGAUGAGCCUGCGGUCUAUAAGAUUUGCAAGGAGAUGUAUUCGGAAGGGAUAGAGGAGGUUCCAUUCUCCGAACAGGAGCCAGACCUCAUAGGAGACAGGCUGGUGGGAGGAUUCCUGACCCACAGCCCAGACUACGGCUUUGUCCUGGAGGAUGACGAGGGGAUCUGUGGCUACGCCCUGGGCUCCCUGGACGUCAAGCCCUUCGUCAAGACGUGCAAGAUGAGCUGGAUCCCCUCCAUGCAGGAGAAGUACAACAAGCCCGACUGCCAGAAGGACCUGUCCGAUGCCGAGAAGAUGAUGCUGAGUUUCCAUGAGGAAGUGGAGGGCCUUCCGGAGACCUUCCUCUCCAACUUCCCCUCCCUCAUCAAGGUCGACGUCCACGCCAAGGUCACUGACCCCAGCGUGGCCAAGAGCAUGAUGGGAUGCCUGCUCUCGUCAAUCAAGGCCAAUGGCUCCCACGGCGCGUUCUGCGAGGUGCGCCAGACAGAUAAGCGGAUGCUGGACUUCUAUAGUAAACUGGGCUGCUUCGAGGUGGCCAAGAUGGAGGGCUUCCCAAAAGACGUGAUCAUCAUGGGUCGCAGCCUCUGAGAGUGCCCCCUAGUGGAACUGAUGGAGUGUACAGAGAAAGAAACGGCGAGAGGGGGAGGGAGGGGGGGGGAGGGUGCGCGCUCGCCUGCCACCCGUACCAUCCACAAGGGUUUUUCUACCACAUGACCAUCAGGGCCAGCCCGAGGGUGGCCAGGUUUUCGAAGCUUGGUCAUCUCUCAAGGCCCAAGGUGCUGUCCAUAGAUGUUCUGGAGCUCCUCUCUGUCCAGAAACCCAGGUGUUCAUCUGCAGCAGGCUGUCAAUAAGUCCUGUCUUUGCGUGUAUGUGUAUUUGUGUGUUGGGGAUUGGAGCCGAUAUGGAGGACAGUCUCCCUCCGCGAUUGGGCGUUAGAAUGGAGCAGGAGGCGACUAGUCCCCCAUGCGGCUCCAGGUAGCAGGAGCUGGCCUAGGCUCCUCCGGCUCCUUUAGCCUUCAACCCCUUCACCUUCCCUCCCUCCACCAGCCCAUCUACACCACACCACAGGGAACCAAGAAAUUGAUAGAAAGGCCGGCCUAUAGUCUCCAACGAGCGCUUACCACUCCCCUACCUGACACACUGCUGUUCCCCAGCUUCUCACAUCGGAGCCAGCCCUGCAGCACUCUAGUUGGGGGCGCAGGGCUGUGUGGGGAGGGAGGGAAGACCCAUAGUGCAACACUGCAGGACAGCAGCAGGAAGGACAUUUCUGAACUUGAUUACUGGCACUGAUGUUCCUUCAGUUCAUCCGUGGGGGGAGGGGUGUAAAAACAAAAACAAACAUCUUUGGUUUUCCAGGAGAUCCGCACGCCUGUAGAAGGAAGUGUUAGUGGAGAUGACUGACGACCAGAGGACCAUGCCUCUGGGUCCAUCUCCACCUGGAUAGAAGUAGCUUAGUUCAUGGAUCUACACGGUUCUCAGCUUUUUUUGUUUGUGUAUUUGUUUUGUGUAUUGCUUUUCAGUUGACAUAUACUGUAUAUUUAUAUACUAGACAUAUAUUGCCUUUUGGUUCAUUGCCUUGCAUGUGUGUAACUAGAGAGCCUGGUGUUACUCUUUCUUGUCUGUCAGACAGUCAGCUGGAGGUUUGACUGCAGACAGUCAGCUGGAGGUUUGACUGCAGACAGUCAGCUGGAGGUUUGACUGCAGACAGUCAGCUGGAGUUAGGGGUAAGGCUGCUCUGUGUCUGCUCCUACUCUGAAGAGUGUCUCAAUGUCCAACCUCCUCGACAGCCUUUAGUACACUGUAGCAUGCAAAUCAAAACAGCAACCGAUAUCCCAACUUAAUGCACAGGUAAUGAAUCCCUUGGUUUGGUUGAGCUUCAACCAGAGACACUGAGUAAUAUUAGCCUCCCCGGAUCCAUCUCCAUAGUUUCAACACUAGCUUCUCUCCACCAUAGCCUACCAGCUCAUCUUCCCGACCUUUCUUGGCCAAGGAUGAGGGGAACGUCCUGCUACUAGCCCCAGAAGGUCCCUGGGUGCCUGUGCUGGAUCCAGUAUACAGCAUGUCUACAAUCCAGCUAGAUAAACAGCACACAGAGAGAGCAUUCCCUUACCAUGCUGAGUAAAGACGGUUAUCUGUUCUGGACAUUUCUAUUUCUACCUGUUACUUGUGAGUAGAUGUCCUUAUUCUGGUGUAUAGCAACAUACCUCUGUGCUUAGGUCACGUCCGCCUAUCACCAAAGUGGCACCGACCUGCAGGGGUGUGUGGAGGGGGCUUUUUGUAUCUUAAUUGUUCAAUGUUUUGUACUCAAAACGUGUGUUCUCCUCGCUUUUGCUUUGUUUGUUUUUUGUAAAUCUUGAAGAGAGUAAAAAGCACUUUGACGAGGCUGAUGAUGACAGGAAUGUUGUUGUUUGUUACCUGAGAGGCUGCCCUGCCGUGUCCUCUAUGUACAGUCGCUGCCUGACAAUGUGAUGUAUUUGAUACUGUAGCCCAGAGUCCUCCAUACAUGAGGACUGUGCCAAUGAGUAGUCCAUUCUUCUGUUUUUUUGUUUUCAAUUUGUUCACUGUUUAGUUUCCUGUGUUUUUUGAAGCUUCACUAAGGAACUCUUGUUUGGUGUAACAUUCUCGAAGGAAUGCUUGCUUUGUUUCAUAUUCUAAAAAGAACAGUUUGAUCCUCCAGUGCUUUCAUCGUCACCUCUUCAUAGAGAGGUGUGGAACGUCUGCCUAUAUGCUCAUGGUAUGCACAAUGACAGUUUGUUUAAAAGAAUAAAGUCAUUUUACUCCACAUAGGGGGAAUUAGAAGUAUGGUUGUCAACCUCUAAGCCACAAUGCCUGUGUGCUCCAUAAUUUUUUAUUUAUUUACAAAAAUACAAUACAUUUACUCAACCAUGUUUGUUUUUUUUAUUCCUGAAUUUGCCUUCCACUUUUUGAGUUACUCAGAGCACAAACGGUUUUUAUUUUUUACAGUUUUUACAGUAACACCCCCCCCC